AUGUUUUCUAUUACAGUCUCGUUACAUUCUAAUAACAUUGCUAUUGAUGCACGAUGGAUCCAAAAUGGUAUUACAGUAGCUGGGGGUAAUGGAAGAGGUAAUGGCUUAAAUCAACUUACUUCUCCAGUAGGUUUAUAUGUUGAUGAUGAUCAAACUAUUUAUGCCUCUGAUUAUGAGCAUCAUCGUAUUAUGGAAUGGAAAUAUGGUGCGAUAAGUGGUCAAAUUGUUGCCGGUGGAAAUGGAGUCGGGAAUCGAAAUGAUCAAUUGAAUGGACCAACAGAUUUGAUCAUUGAUAAAAAGAGUGAUUGUCUUCUUAUAUGUGAUUCUGGUAACAGACGUAUAGUGCGAUGGCCUCGUCGAAAUGGUACAAUCGGAGAGAUUAUCAUCGCAGGCAUUCGUUGCUCAGGACUAGCCAUGGAUAAUAAUGAGUAUCUUUACGUCUCUGAUUACGAGAAGCAUGAAGUAAGACGAUGGCGAUUGGGAGACACACAUGGAACAGUGGUAGCAGGUGGCAAUGGACAAGGUUAUCGUCUCGAUCAACUCAAUGUUCCUACCAGAGUCUUCGUAGAUCAUGAUCAUUCUGUAUACGUGUCAGAUAGUGGUAAUCAUCGUGUGAUGAAGUGGAUAAAAGACGCCAAAGAAGGCAUUGUUGUUGCUGGUGGUCAAAAUCAAGGAGAUAGUUUAACACAAUUGUCACAACCUCAAGGAGUGAUCGUCGAUCGGUUCAGUACUGUUUAUGUGUCAGAUUGGAAUAAUCAUCGAAUUAUGCGUUGGGUGAAAGGAGCAACAAAAGGCUGUAUUGUUGUUGGUAAAAAUGGUAAAAGUAAACAAGCAAAUCAACUUGAUUAUCCUGUUAGUUUGUCAUUUGAUCAGCAAAAUAAUCUCUAUAUUGCUGAUCGUAACAAUAAUCGAGUGCAAAAAUUUGAAAUUGAAUCAAGCUGA